ACGUGCAGACUCGGCCUGAGCCUUAAAUGUAGUCGAUCUAAUCACCCUGGUGGCUUUUGUUACAUUAUACGCACCGACUAGAGGACCUCGACGACUGUGUUUCAAGAGAGGAAAAAAAUUAUCAGGACUUGGAAAAUGCUGAAGUUAGCGUGCUGCCUCCUCGCAGUCGCGUGUGUCAGUGCUGAUAUUUACAUGCACAACCCGCGUGGUUCGAACAACAGACUAAACGAGCGGUCGGCCAACAGAGCAAACGGAAACAGGGCUUUUGAUUCACAGAACAACAAUAGAGGUGGCUACAAUGUUGGGGAUGCUACGGAUGAGGCUGCACAAAACGAAGCACAGCAAUACCAAAUGAAAUUUUUCCAAAGCGGUGCUAAUGCAGCUAGCCACCUGGCCGUGGAAUGGACCAAUCAGCACGGCUGUGGUGGAAACGAGGACGAUGACCCCCACAAGGUCAACUGUAACAUCGUUAUACAGUACAUGUGUCAGCCGGCUGAAUUUGAAGGCAAUGCAAAGGACAGACUUCGCGACGGAUUGAACACGAACAGACAGGACUAUGCCAGGCCAAGGAGUAACUUGGAGUCCCGCUCGGCUUUCCAGAGCCGUAAGAAUAACAAUGUCAAAGACAACCGCGUACUUUUUGAGACCUUUGAUUGGUAUGACAAAUGCUUUGUCAGGGAGAGAAAUAAGGGUCUUUUUACCGCCGAUCAGAACCUCCGCACCAACAACGGCUUGGGUGUCAGCAGCGCCAUCUAUACAAGACAGAACAGAAAUGGCGACAGGCGUGGCUACGAGUGCCCCGAGGAGAGAGAUUACUAUCCAUACUGGCACCCCACUCCGUGGAAGGAUAUCGCCAUCUUGGCCGAAAACGCAACAAUUUGCAGUCACUACACCAAGAAAAGCUUUAAUGUACAGCACUAUGGCGAGUGCGUUGAAUACUAUGACGAUACGCAAACUGUGAGAAGGCACUCCUCCAAAUAUAAUUCCCAUUGCCUUUGCGAGACCGUUCCCGGCAAUCGUUGGGUCGAUUUCUACAAUUAUUUGGAAAAAGCUCCACAGUACGAUACUGAGACCAAAUGUAUUGAUGCCCGACUCAAGGACAAUAUUGAAUACAUUUGGCAGAUUCCUUACGACUCUGUGGACGCCCAAAGUAAAGAAUGCCUUGUUCCACUUCCCGAACCAGAAUGUAUGGAAGCUCCUUGGACUAGAGUUAACCAUAAUGGAAACACCCGAGACGGCGUUGCAAGCAACUAUACUUGGACUCUUCCAUAUUUCCCAUCCGGGUCGGACCAGCGUUGUAUUCUUCGAGUCAGAUAUAACAUUUCGACCGAUGACUACGAUCCUUACAACACAGAUCAUACCUCCAAUAGGAAGGUGGUCGGAGGAACCAUUGUAAGGGAGUCCCCUAUCACCGGCAACCCCACUGUGGACAUCGGCGCCGGUCUUUCCCCGCUCCGCCUCAAUAUCAACACCGCCCAGUUCGGCAGGACAUUCCAGGACCGUUCACACGUGUUCCAUCUGAAACCGCGACCCACUGAGCUCGCGGACAAGACCAUUUACAAUCUGAACGUGCGUGGGAAGAGAGGCAACAUCGUCCAGACCUAUCCAGCAGUGGAGUACGAUUUUAUCCCCAACGAUCUUACCCUUAAGGCGAACGAUGUGGUCCAUCUGCAAUGGACAGGUUCCAACACGCACAACAAUGGCAACCCAGCAGGUGAUGGGCAGGCGGGUGACGCUGGUCAGGGACAAGGCGGAACCGACAGGCACAACUUUGUUCAGAUUCUGGAUCGUAACCACAACUUCCCGGCGCCAUUCGAGGCCACCAGUAUGUGGGACAACACAGAGGUGGUGUGGGCGUAUUCAGCAGGUCUGGUCGGCAAAAACCCACUGAAUACCGCCCUCAAUGUGGCCACUUCCGGCUAUUAUGAGUGCUCAACAGAGUGCAGCGAGUCCGUGGGUAGUAAGGAUAAUCUUCAGGCGCAGCUCAACAACGCUGCUGCCUCGUUCGAGGGCCUUGUUCUGAAGAUGAGUCCCGGAAAGUACCAUUACAUGAGCACCAGGAACAACGCCUUCACCAACAGGAGCCAGAAGGGGACCAUCACCGUAGUUGCGGCAUAAACAACGGCUGCGAAACUUAAUAAGAACAGCCUUCGUGACUUUACUUAUGUGAUGCUCUUUCUUUUAAAUUACGUGUUUAGCAUAAAUACCGACAAAUACAGAAUAAGGCACCAUUUUUUUGCUGCAUCAGCAUUUGUAUCUCCGAUUAUACUGUUCUCACUUGUUAAAAAAGCUCGUCUCGAAUUCAGACAAUAACAGUAGUUGGCUUUCUAUUCGGUCGACCUGUAUUUCAUUAUCUUGCGCACUGUAUUUGAAAAAGAAUCAUUUUCAAGCAAUAUCCGUAGCCUUGUUGCAAGUUUCCUGUAAUUGGUGUACUUAGUGUUAUCACAUUCAGUUCUGGUGUUGUUGGAUUUUGCUAUCAAUUACAAGUAUUGAAGUUUUUAUCACAUUCCAUAAAACGCGAAACGUAGCAAAAUGCGUGUGAAAUGGUAGCUUUUAAUCUGUUUGGUUUUAUUAGUAUUUGUGGCGAAAUUGGAAUAAACUCUAUCGGAUUUA